AACAUGACAUGAUCUCGCAGUACCCAAAUCAAAACCUACGCAAUGUUACCUCUUCGAAGAACCUCUCUAUUGGUACACAGACUUCCGCUUGCGCGAUUUUCCAGCAAUGCAAGGGAAAAUGUUACCCAAAGCGCAACGCAACACGAUUCGGAUACACACUUUGGUUUUCAAACGGUAAAAGAGAGCGACAAAUGGAAAAAGGUUCACAAAGUGUUCGAGGAGGUCGCGGCAUCCUAUGAUUUGAUGAAUGACGCUAUGUCGAUGGGAAUUCAUCGUGUGUGGAAAGAUAUUUUCAUGGAACGUUUAUCGCCGGUGGGAAAUGGAAUACGACUGCUGGACAUGGCUGGUGGCACUGGCGAUAUAGCGUUCCGAUACAUGAAAUAUCUACAAAAGCAGACAGCACCAGAUCGAAAGCCUAGUCAUGUUACUGUUUGUGAUAUCAAUCAAAAUAUGCUAGAUGUGGGUCAACAACGAUGGGAAAAAUUGAACUUACCUACAGCCGGUGACACAAUUGAAUGGGUGUGUGCCGAUGCCGAAAAACUGCCCUUCGAGGAUUCAUCAUUCAGCGUGUACACGAUCGCAUUUGGGAUUAGAAAUUGCACGCAUAUUGACAAAGUACUUUCGGAAGCUCACCGCGUGCUGAAACCGGGAGGACGUUUUAUGUGCCUAGAAUUCAGUCAUGUGAACAAUGAAUAUCUUAAAUGGGUUUACGAUCAGUAUUCCUUCCAAGUGAUUCCACCGAUGGGACAAAUACUAGCUAAUCAGUGGCAGCCGUACCAGUACUUGGUAGAGAGCAUCCGAAAGUUUCCGCAGCAAAAUGAAUUUAAAGCAAUGAUUCAGAACGCUGGCUUCAAAUGUGUUGAAUAUGAAAAUUUAACCUUUGGUGUCGUUGCGAUACACUCCGGAUUUAAGUUGUAAGAUGGACAAGAUGGAUCUACUUUGAUGUAGCAACCGUUGUCGGUCAAGCCUGCAUGUACCACUAAUGGGUUUGACUAUUAGUGACGCAUUGAAUACGGAUAGCAGGAUAAUCAGUUCUACAUUUGGGGGCACAGUCCAAUCGAGGCUUCAAUCCAUGAUGGGCAUGCAGAAUGGAUAUAACGAAGGAAAAUAAACAGCACUAAACUAGAUCACAAAUCCAUAUCCGUGUCGAAAAAUGUAGUAUUUGGCAUAAAGAUGAACUGGUAAAGCAUAGAGCGCGAGGAUACUACAUACAGUCUGAACUCAUUGUUAGAACUUCGAUUCCCUGCUAAUUAUUGAAUACAGUCUGUUCCCGUGAUACGCGGUUUAUCCCGAGGAAUUCGCGAAACUCGAAUAUCUGCGUAAGUCGAAUUUUACUGUCAGAAACAAAUGAUUACUCGGUAUUUUAGAUUACAUACACUAUGUACUAUUAUACACUUUAUCUUUUAUUUGAUACGAUUGAAAUGUAUAACUUUUGAACAAUUUUCAAA